AUGGAUAACGUUGCUGGCAAUGAAGCCGUACUCAGAGACUGCAUAUUCUCUGCAAUAGUCGAGAAAUCUAUAUCUCCAACAAAGAAAACACCCAAAGCGAUCAAAAAGGGAGGAACACCUAAGAAAGCAGCAAGUACGGAGGCUCAGCCUUGCGAGAAUCCGGGAAAAGAAGUCGAUGCUUCUGCCCUUGCUGAGUUUUCUGAUUACCUGGCAACUGAAAUCUUUGGCAGCUUACCUGAGGAGCUCAAAGGUCUUUCCUACCAUGCGAUCCAGAAUGAUGCAGCACUUUCAGCGACAUGGUCAUUGCCUUUGACUCUGAGCGUUACUGAGGAAGUGUCGGCAUAUGUGUCGGCAGAUGUUGUGGACAGCCUGGUAGCAUAUGCCAUGAUCGAGCCCCCCAAAUCCGACAUUCAGUCUUUUAUGGCUGGUGUCUUGUCGGCCUUUGUAUCAGCCGUGACGAUCCCGCCUCCAAAAUGGGUCUCAACCAAGACCAGUGCGUGCGAGAUCUGUGAAAGAGACUGGGUUCCAAUGACGUACCACCAUCUUAUCCCUCGACAGAUACAUGCCAAGGUCCUAAAACGAGGUUGGCAUGAAGAGCAACAGCUAAACAGUGUCGCAUGGCUUUGCCGCGCCUGCCACACCUUUGUUCACCGUAUGGCUUCAAAUGAAGAACUAGCUCGUGAGUGGUAUACUAUCGAUCGAAUCUGUGAGAGGGAGGACGUGCAGAAAUGGGCACAAUGGGUCCGGCGAGUACGAUGGAAAAAGACAUGA